UCCCGCCAGUUGCUCAUAUUGGCCUUGCAGCGGCGCGCGAGAGCAUGAGUAGACGAGAGGGUCCCCGCGCACGCGCUAUUAUUGUUUUGACUGAAAAUGCCGUCGGUUUCGAAAACGGUGGUGAGCGCUUCUCCUCAAACCGAGAAACCAACCCACUAUACAUAUUUGAAGGAGUUCAGGACCGAGCAGUGCCCACUGUUUUUGCAGCACAAAUGCACACAGCAUAGACCCUUUACGUGUUUCCACUGGCAUUUUCUAAAUCAGCGAAGACGGAGACCCAUACGAAGAAGAGACGGGACUUUUAAUUACAGCCCAGAUGUAUAUUGCACGAAGUAUGAUGAAACAACAGGAAUAUGUCCCGAUGGAGACGAUUGCCCUUAUUUACACCGGACCACCGGUGACACAGAGCGCAAGUACCAUUUACGCUACUACAAGACCGGCACCUGCAUCCAUGAGACAGAUGCUCGUGGGCAUUGUGUGAAGAACGGCCUCCACUGCGCCUUCGCUCACGGACCACACGACAUACGGCCGCCAGUUUAUGACAUAAGAGAGAUCCAGGCACAGGAAGCUCUGCAGAAUGGCCAGUUGGGAUCUGGGGAGGGAAUUCCUGACCUGCAGCCGGGUGUGCUGGCCAGCCAGGCCAUGAUUGAGAAGACCCUGAAUGAGGACCCACGCUGGCAAGACACCAAUUUUGUUUUGGCCAACUAUAAAACUGAGCAGUGCACCAAGCCUCCACGUCUAUGCAGGCAGGGCUACGCCUGUCCCCACUAUCACAACAGCAGAGAUAGGAGAAGAAAUCCCAGAAAGUUCAAAUACAGGUCGACGCCCUGCCCGAGUGUAAAGCAUGGCGAUGAAUGGGGCGAGCCCUCCAAGUGUGAGAGUGGGGACAGCUGUCAGUACUGCCACUCUCGCACCGAGCAACAGUUCCACCCAGAGAUUUACAAAUCAACAAAAUGCAACGACAUGAGGCAAACUGGAUACUGUCCAAGGGGUCCAUUCUGUGCUUUUGCACAUGUGGAAAGAAUUCCUUCCACAGAGGAGACCAUGAGCACGUUGCUCACAGCAAUGCAGUCGGGUUCUCAGUCCAAGCUGGGCUCUCCACAAUAUCCAGAGUGUCCAGUCAGCGAGUGGAGCGGGAACACGAUUUCCAUCACCAGCAGCGGCAGUAACAACGGCCAGACAGGAAGCGUUUCAUGCACUAAUAGUCCAACUGUAACACCAGGCUCAGGGAGCAACAGUUCUUUGUCCCCAAUCGGACCCAUCAGCAGGCCAAAAUGCUUUACUAAUGGUAGCUUUUGUUCAGAUUCCACCACGUCCAGUGUUUCCUCUCCGACGUCUAACUAUCCCAAAGCUCCGGGUUUUGAACGGGAGGAUCAGGCAAAGAACCAGAAAAGCCUGUCUGGGGAAAAUAAUCAAAAGUUAAUGGACCAAGACAAACAGGCUCAUGGCAAUGUGUUCUCAGUAGUGAACCCACUCGCGUCCAGCAUAACAUCAAGCAUCACGUCCAGCUUAGCCUCCAGUAUCGGAUCUGACAGUUCGUCACCCACCACUUUAUCAACCAUGAAUGCAAAAGCCACGCCUUUCUAUCCAGGCAGCAAUACUGUGGAGUCAGUAAUAGGAUCUGCACUUGACAUGAAUUUUAGUGACAUCAAUGUUGCCUCCCUUGACAAAGAGCUAGAGGACCAAGACAACAAUGGCCUUGGUUUAACAAGACAGAGGUUAUUAGGAGGCUCUGCUCCAGUCAAUAUUCCUGGCUCUCUGGCUCGGUCUUCCUCUCUGCAUUCCUCAUCAUCUCUCUCUGCCUCCCCGCUCAGCUCUCUGUCUCAAUCCCUGUCCCAGUCUCUCCUCACUGGAAUGGCCUCCCAGCAGAGCCAGCCACAGGCACCACCUGUUAAAACCGAGCACGGCCUUCUAGGAACAUCCACGUCUACGCAGAACUCCUUAGGUCUGAAUGGCGGAGCAGGGGGAAUAUGGGACUUUAUGAGUGGCAGCUUCUCUCCCAGCCCGUCUCCAGUGUUCAGCAGCCUUGCUUCCAGCACGGUCAGCUCCAGCAGUGCAGACAUCGGCCGGCUCCUCCGAGAACUGGAUGAAGCCAAGCGCAAGAUAAAGCAAUGGGAGGAGGCCUGGCACCAAGUCAAGCAGGCCUGCGAAGCGUGGCAGAAAGAUGCUCAUGAAGCGAAGGAGCAAGCUAAAUCGGCAGAGGCAGAGCGGCAGCUGGCGGAGCAGAAGCGGAAGGACACCGAGCGCAAGCUGAAGGAACUGCAGGGAGACUUUGACGUUUUGUGUCGCUCCCCCAACACGCCCCUCCUGCGCAGCUACGGUGAGCUGGACCAGCUCCCUCUGCCAAAGCUCCGCUCCGUCCAGAGCCAGCUGCGCUCUGACCUAGACCUCAUAGACGGGGUAAUAUAUCAGCUUCAGUCAAAGAAAUGUAUAGUUUGCCAAAAGCAUGAUCGUUCCAUUGUCCUGCAGCCUUGCCAACAUUAUGUACUUUGUCAGAACUGUGCGUCUGGUAAAACGGAAUGUCCUUACUGUAAGACGAAAAUAUUGAAGUGGUGAUGUACAGCUAUCCAAGGUACUAUUUAAUGAUUUAGCCCUUUGAAGAACUACUAAUACAUAUUAUUAUUAUAAUUAUUAUGCUUACGAUUUCUAAAUAGCAUUUUUUUUUGUGUUUCAGUAUUUCAUAUAGUGAUUCAAUUGAUUAGUUCCAUUAGAAUCUAAUAAGUGGUGUUUGACUGAUACAAAUCAAGUACUUAAAUGCAAUACCUGUUUUGUACAAGCUAGAUUAUCCAUUUUCAUAAAGCAUUAAAAGAUUUUCCCUUGGUUAUUGCUUUUGGCAUUUAUAGUCGGUUGGCCCUGAUUGGACUGUUAGCAACAAAAUCAUCGGCCCGACGCCAUUAUUGCUACUAGCUGUGUGAAGAGGAUUCGUUUCUUGUUAAAAGCACUUUGUUGACUUGGAAAUUUGUCUGGAAAUUUUUCUUUUAGAAAAUGUGCUUUAAGCUGCUUUGUAGUUUUUUGUUUUUUUUCCCCCUUAGAUUUAUAUAUUUUUUCCCCAAAUACGCUAAAGUAUGAAUCUUUUGUGUGUACUGUGAAAAACAUAAUAGAAUAUUUCAUUUUUCUUACUGUUAAAUCAUGGUAUAGUGUAUAUAUCUUGUUAGUUUUCAUAUAAAAUAGUACUAAAUAGUAGUUAUUAUUACCUUCAUUGUUACUUAAAUUUUUCAAUCAAAUAAGUGCAAACUUUGAAUGCAUUUUAGGCAUAACCAGCAGCUGUAAUAUCAGUAAGGCACAUACUGUAUGCUAAGGCAUUUAGUAAAUGGAUUUCUCCAUCUUAUAGUGACUAUUUAGAUAUACAUUAUGUAGUUGUUAGAUGAGCACAUGUGUUCUGAAUUCCUCAGCGACACAGUAUUUAUUUUUUAUUUUUUGGACUUUAGCCUUUCAGAUAUGUUAGAACAUAUAUCUGAUUCCUGGCCACUCCCUCUUAAGUGCCUUGCCUCUGUGAAGAGUUUAGGAUUGUAGUAGAAAACCCACAGCUUCCGCAAAGUAUGUAUUUUUUCAGUAGUACCGUAUUAUCGGAGCAUUUAGCGGCCCAAUUCAGUACUAAAGUAUUUCCGAGAGACUUCACCCUGGUCGGUGCCUGAGCUCUGAGGUUCAGCUGAAGAUUCGAUCCUUUUCCUUCAUUAACGAUGGUGCUUUUUGGGUGCAGCUUCAUUAUCCUUAGAAAUGUUGAAUCAUCCUUAAUUUAAAUGUGUAGGGACAUUCAAAUCAGGAAAUGUGUGCGUUUCUUUGAUUGCAAAAACUAAACUGGCUCAGUACAUUUCUGUUUAUUGAAAUGUGUAGAAUUGUACUGCUCUGUAGUGUUUACAGACAGAAAUCAUUGGUGUUUUUCGUAUCCAAAUUCGACAGUGUAAUGUGCUUAGGUAAUCUAAUUGAAAUGACCUGCUACUGUGUUAUCUGAAACUUUUUUUUUUUUUCUUGUUCCUUUCAUAUUUACAGCAAUGAGUUUGUGCGGUAAAUUGUCAGGUACACAAAGGUGCAAGUUCUUUUUUUUUUCCUUUCGAAUUUGGGAUAAACAGUUUACUUUAAAAGGGAUGGUUAUUGAGGAUCUUAAUUGUCCAGACCCUCGUAUUUUCUUUCAGCUUCACGAGGCAAAGACAGAGUGUGUGUGUGUGUGUGUGU